GUUAACCUGCACUACUCUCCUGACCUCUCUGGCGCCUCCCUAUCUCCUUCAUUGUGCUUGCCGAUGUGUUGAGGACCCUGCAAGUACGAGACACCGAGCGGGAGAGAAAACAAAAGGCGCCCCCAGCAAACUAACACCAAGAACACAGCCUCACCAAUCCUCCGAGACUUCAAUUAGCGGCGAUAAAAGUGUAAAGGCGGGAUCUUUAUAGUGCCGUGCGCUCCUGCCCGAGCCACCGGAAUCGGUGGUCGGAGAAAAAGCUGCCACGGCAGCGGCAGCAAGAAGAAGAAGAAGACGGGCAGCUCGGGCCACGAGGGUUGCGGGCAAUGCCCCUGUCGCGGCACAAGGUCGGCAACGAGUACGGCCUCGGCGGCCGCGACCUCUACCGCACGGCCGACCAGCACGACCCGGAGGCCGUCCUCGAUGGCGUCGCCAUGGCCGGCCUCGUCGGCGUCCUCCGCCAGCUCGGCGACCUCACCGAAUUUGCAGCACAGGUGUUCCAUGGGCUGUACGAUGAGGUAAUGAGCACGUCCGCACGAGGGCAUGGGCUCAUGCUCCGAGUGCAGCAACUGGAGGCAGAGCUGCCACUGCUAGAGAAAGACUCCUGCCAGAGAGACUACUUGUAUGUUGCUUCUAACAGGGGAAUUGAAUGGCACGCUAAUCCGAGGCUGGACUAUGGGGUUGUGACAAGAGGCGACACGCCCCGCUUCAUCAUGGAGUCCAUCAAGCAAUGUCGUGGGCCUCCCAAAUUAUUCAUGCUUGACAAGUAUGAUAUUGGUGGCGAGGGGGUGUGUUUGAAAAGAUACACCGACCCGUCAUUCUUCAAGACGGAUUCUGCAUGUUCUAGCGUGCUGCAGGAAGGAAUUCAGAGAGAAAGAAGACCUCUUAGAGCCAUGGAGAUCAGGCCAAACCUUCAGAAUUAUGAGAUUUUCAGCCAACAAAACGCAGCCGACAAUGACUCAAAACUGGAGACAGAUUCGUCUAGUGAAGCUUUGGAUGAAGUUCCCACAAGGCGCAGACGACUGAAGUACCGGGAACAAAAUGGAUCUGUCUUUCAAAUCUUCAGACCACAUAUGCAGAAUCUUUACGAAAAGGCUUCAUCAGAGGAGAAACUCCUCACAGUUGAUCACUCAAAUGUGCAUAUAUCUUUGUCCGAUUCACCUGACUCAUACACUGAAGAGAGAGACAUCAUGGUAGACACAUCCAGCAACAUGGACAAAGUCAAGGAAGACCACACCAUCAUGGCUCGCAAUAACAAAUUAAUCACUGAAGAAGCCCUGUCACUAUCUUCAUAUGCUCGGUCAGCAGGAAGCAGCAAGGGGUACAACUCUGAAGUUGACAUCUACGUGGACGCACUCACCACAAUGGAUUCCGAAGUGGAGACAGACUCAGAGCAUAGGGACCAUGGACACCGUGCCUUUGCACGCAUGGAUUCAGACAAUACGUGCUCUGAUGCUCACAAUGCCAUGGCGUCAAGGUCUAGCAGCUUCGAGAAGAAAGACUCAUCAGAUGUUGCAUCGGCAAACGGAGAUACGAGUAUUCAGCCCGAAGAAGCCAUUGUCUCCACUCCAGAGGCCAAACCAGUUGUUGGUGAACAUCAGAGGACUAGCUCGUUGGAGGAACUGCUUGCGCAAGAAAAGCCGGCUUCUUGCGACCACGAUAGGACUAGUUCCUUGGAGGAAUUUCUUACCGAAGAUUUCCAUUCUUCAGAGUCUGGCAUCAGAGAACAAGCUACUGAAUUGAGAUGCAAUGUCAUUGUCAGUAAUGUUGUAUCAAAUGGCACACAAGAUAUUAGUAAGAAGCUGGUCAAGGAAGCCAAGGAGAACUCCAACAUCGCAACCAUUUCCUUCAAGAAAAUAGCAAGCAAGAGGUCCAAGUAUGUCGGCAGCAUGGAGCUGAUUGCUUCAAAAGUUGGCAUUCUGCCAAGGAAGCUCUCCAAGAAGCAUGACCCUUUUUCCGAUUCCCUCCGGAGCAUGGCGAAGCAACUGCUUGAGGUGAAGUAUGAUAGAACUAAAGAUAGUGACUUAUAUGACUUUGAAUCAAAUGGAGAGGGAUGUGAUGUCAAGUACCUGGAAAUGUAUGACCCUCCUGUUGACAUUAAGGACAGUGCCAUGCUCAGAAUGCCUUCAGAUUCACCUCAUGAUGACGUUAGUUCAAGAGAAUACCAGCAGGAAGAAGUGAACCAUGAGUCUGAGCAUGAUAUCCCACCUACUGACAGUCCCCAACAUUCAGUCCCUGAUGAUGGAAACAGCCUUCAGGAAACCAACAUUAUCUACGUGACAGGCAUCGCAUCACCGGGUUUCCGAGAGGAAGAAGGAUGUGCAGGUGCUGCACCUGAUGAACAUUCAUCUACUGGCGUGCUCAAUCACAUAUUGGAGCAUUCUCAAGGGAAGAUUGAUGAACAUCCUGAUAGGGAAGUGACUGAGGAUACUCAUACUGAAGUUAUUUCUGAAAAUGCAUCUGAUGUGGCUGAAGAUUUGAAAGAAGUCAGCAUUUGUGAGGAGCAGGUGAAUGCAGAAGAUAUCGAGGAAAGCAAUGAAUCUGAUGCAGAUGCGUUGGAUGAUGAAAGCACCGAUUACGUAGAAGAGCAAGUGGUUUCAGAUGGCAUGAUCUCACCGUUUUCAUCCAAGCAAUCUGAUGAUCCGUGCCGGAUAACUCUACUCACUCUCACAGAUGAAGACGAUACAGUGGCAUGUAAGGGCACCGACAACGACGCCCCUGAAGUGGAGUAUAUCACAUUGUCAGAAACUUUCAUGGAGACUGAUCUACCUAAAAUGGUAAUUGAGUCAGUAAUCACUAGUGAAGCUGCUGUGCCAGAAAAUGAACAAUGCUAUUUACAUCCAGAAACUACUUUUGAACAAGAUACGGUUCUCAGCAGCUAUGAAAUUGUUAGCCAAAGUGAGCAAGUACCGUCGUGCAGCUCAUCCACGGUGGCUGUAACUCCAGAUCUAACUGUAAACACUGAGGAAAGCCAUGAAUUGCAUCAAGCUGUCAAUCAAGAACCACCUAAUUCGUGCCACAGCAGUACGGAAGUUUUUGGAGAUGCACUAGCUCUUGACUCCAGAGAUGUUCCAUUGCCGAUCAUCUCAAGCUUUGAUUGGAUGCUUAAUGGUGCAAUGCAACAGUCGCUGAAUGUCCUUCCUCCUCAACCAACUUAUGGAAAUGCACAAGAAAACGGUUCUUCUGACGAUGUGCCACCGCUUCCACCUCUUCCGCCGAUGCAGUGGCGAAUGAACAAGCUUCAAAUGGGGUCAUCACCUUUAUCUGCGAAGAUUGGGAGGCCACCAAGGCCAAAGCCUCCAGUUAAACACCAAGAAAGUGAAGGCAGCUCUUUGUUGGAUAAAAGAAAUGAAGAUGCUGAAAUUGUUCAGGAAAGUAGUCUGAACAAUGGCUUGAGUUUGCAGAAUGAAAUGGUGCAGGCAACGGUUUCUGAUUAUCACGAGACAAAUCAAUUCCUUAACAGGGGUUCUCAAGAAAAUCAUCACCAAGGAGGAGACAAAGAGUGCGAUUUGCAUGAUUCUAAUCCAUUUUCCUCGUCAGAAGUGAAAAGCGAGGUAGAAGUUGCUUCAGUCAAAAAUGAAAAUCUGCACGCUUUGCAGUUACCUGAGCUUAUAGUUAUUCCAGAAGAGGCAUGGUCAGAGUUUGGUGCUAUAAAAUUUAUACCAGAACAAGAAGGAAAAUACCAGUUAAGUGAUGGAGUUUCUGAAUGCAAUGGCUUGCACACUGCUGAUUUGUCAGCAGAAAAGACGAAUGAGAAGCAUCAAAUAUUUGAUGAUCAAAAUGAAAAGGAAUUUUCAGCUGCAGGUAGCAACAAAGUUUCAGGUUCAGAAGAAAACAAACCAAAUGGGGUUCCUAAACAGGAGGAUACGAUGAAUCCUGAUUUACUAGCGCAACAGGAAGAUGACGAAUGUUGUGGUUCUGAUGACAAAUCAAGGGACUUUUUUUCUGCACUAGAAGAGGAAUUAACAAAGACACCAACUCAUUCAGAGCCAAAACCGCCUAGAUAUCCUCUACUUCCAGUUACUUUUCAUGACAGAAGCAUGCUCAGAAAGGCUCCAACUAUGGUUCAGCCUUCAAGUAAGCUUCCAGAUGAGAAGAACACAAUACUAGAACAGAUAAAGAAUAAGUCUUUCAACUUGAAGCCUGUUCUUGCAAAGAGACCAAAUGUGAUGGGUGGUCCCAGAACGAAUUUACAAGUGGUGGCCAUUCUAGAGCGUGCCCAUGCGAUUCGCCAGGCUGUUGCUGAUGAAGAUGACGAGGAUAGCUGGAGUGAGUAGCUGUUUCCUCAAAGCAAUCUCGCGCCUGAUGUUCCACAAGUAAUCUGCCGAACCAGUUCUUGUGUUCCUGUUCUUGCAUGGAGCAAAUGAUCGAUGGAAUGGAGCCAGCGUUCUACAGGAUUACAUGCCAAAACAGUUGGUCCGGACCAUGGCAAGAUAGGAGCAGCUCUGUAAACAGUGUGCCUACUUAGUGAUUGUUGUGUUUUGGAGCGCGUCAUAUGUUUAUUAUCUUUUGAUGCAACUCCGGAGCAUCCGGUGCUUGGUGAGGAUUGUAUAUGCCUCGCAGGACUCGUGUGAAUUUUGUAACUUGCUGAGUGUACAGAAAGAAGCAUAAGUGUCAAGAUUUUCUGGGCAAAUCUGAAGCAACUCAAGCAAGCAACUUGUGAGUGUACAGAUACAUAAUCUUCAUGCA